AUGCCCAAGAGAAACGACGCUAGCCACAGAGUGCCUCCAAAGGCGUUGAACCGUUCGAGCGGCUAUGUUGACGCCAAUCCUGAGGAAGACUGGAGCACAGUAAGUGACCCCGCGGAGAAAAAGCGUAUACAAAACCGAGUCGCGCAAAGAAAUCACCGUCUUCGUAUGAAGGCACGCAUAGAGGAGCUCCAAAAACAGCUUCGUGAACAUGAAGCCGGGGCAUCUGAGCGGAAUGAACAAACUGGGCAACUUCAAAACAAUGCAAAAUCAUCAUCAAACCGCGAAAACUUCUCUACGGCUCAACAAGAUUCAUGCACUCCACAUUCAGUCGAUCAAGACAUAUUUGACUGUGUUCGACUUGAGGACCAGCCGCCAAGCGAACCUGGCGACGCACAUAAUGGUUUAAGCGAGACAGUGUUUGUUUCGUCUAGGGAUACAUCAUCCGGUUUGGCUCCAAGAGCAGAUAAACAAGUCGAGCCAUUCUUUGCGACAGAAGAAACUGGCGGAAUGGGUUUUCAUGGCUCAAACAACCUCUGGGGACUUGAAGUCGGAGAUACCACGGCGACUACAGCAUCAGAAACAUCGUCAGGCAACUACAUCAACGGAGCGCUUUUCGCGCUUCAGAACUGCCGGCCAGAGCAGACUGUCAGUCUUCCCACGCCAUCACCAGAAGAAAUGGUGCUAGAUGAACGUGUCCAGAGUAUCAUGAAGCAGAUUGAGUCUGCUGGGUUCAGUGAUUUUGAUGCAUUAGUAAUGACCUAUUAUUGCGAGGCAUUCCGCGAGUCUUCGCCGCUUGCUUAUGAGCAGCAACUCAGUCGUACAAGGCGACUGCCAGGAAUCCUCGCGGAACUCUCCAAGACAGCAAAACAGUGGCCUUAUAGAGAACAGCGCGGGUUUUAUGAGGAAGCAAUGAGAACAGCAGAGAGUAUGCUGAUUUUAGAGAGCAAGACCGCGCGUAGCGCCCUCGAGGCUCAUCUCGCUUCCCUUGCAAGCGCAACACUCACCUCACCGAGAAAACUUUGCCUAACGGCACCUGAUCUACACAGAAUAAAGAACUUGAUUCGAAAAGAGCAACCGCACUUGUGGGGGCUCAUAAUGGCGCUUAUAGCCAAUUUCCAGGGUGUCUGGCGGCAUGACCGCUCAAAUACCGCUCUUGCUACUAUUAUGCUUAUGCAGUUAUCCGGCCGCCUGGACUCUAGCACGCUCAUUCAAUUGGUCCAAGCUUGUUGA